AUUACGCCAUUACGGAGUAAGAAUUCACACAAACCGAUAUAUCUAUCGCUUAUAGUUCCUCCAGAAUUUUCUCAAUUUCAUCAAAUCAGUUGGGGAAAUUAUCAAGCAGCUAAGCACAAUAUAUAUAUAUAUAUAUAUAUAUAUAUAUAUGGCCACAUAUACCGGAGAUGAAGAAUCAUCAUGCAACAAUCAUAUCCUCGCCGGCGAACCACUCCCGGAGGCGCUGAUGGUCGACGUUCUAGCAAGGCUCAACAUCAAAACUCUGUAUAAAUUCAAGUGUGUCUCCAAAUCAUGGAACCACCUAAUAUCGCGCAACGCUGCGUUUCACUUGUUGCAUCGGGAAAAAUCCCUUCUCAGACCCAUGUAUUUUCAUUUGGUUGGUGUUAAAGACACUCUGAGUUUUACUUGGAUUGAUUUAGCAGACGAUGAUAAUUGUAUUGUGAUGAGGUCCGAUUUCCCCCGGCCUCCUUAUAAUAUGGUUUGUCAUCCGCCCGUUUGUUGUGAUCUGUUCUGCUUCGCUACCAAUUGGGAUAUUUAUUUGUGUAAUCCCAGCAUCAGACAGGUUCAAAUGCUUCCCAAACCAAUUUCAAUGGAUUGUGGCCCAUCCAAAUUUUGUGUAGAUCACGUGAUUGGGUUCGGUUACGUUUCUGCAAAAGGGGAGUAUUCGGUGGUUAACCUGACCCGUAGGAUCGAUCAGGAUUAUUACUUACAUCCGGAAGUAGUGCCAGAAGUAGUUGGGGAAGUUUUGGCUGAUAUGUGUACAUUUAGGCCGAAUGACAGAGCAAUCAGAUCUGGAACUGAAACCAAGCUGGCGUUUCAAUUUCAUUGCGGCCGGCCGUCGUGGAGGGUCACGAAGCAUCCCUGUCCAAGGUGGGUUAAGCGAGAUGGUGGUUUUGUGGUUGGUGGAAACAUGUAUUGGCAGAUUGCCUACAACAAUAUCGAAUUUGAUCAAUACUCUAGCUUGUUUUAUGGUUAUAUUAGAAGAGAAAACGAACUCAUUCUUUGUUUGGAUAUUGAGAAUGAGGAGUUUGGAAUCAUUGCUCCUCCCCCGGGUUGGGCAACAGAUAUUGAGAGUAUGCUGAAUAAUCAUGUUUGGGUCAAUCUGUUGGAUAUCAAAGACACGUUAUGCGUCACAGAUGUGAGUAUCAUGGUUGAAACCUCUGUUUUGGAAAUAUGGGCUCUCAGAGAGGCAGUGAGGAAUGAGGCAGUGAGGAGUGAUGGUGAUUCAAGGAUUUGGGUAAAGGAUUAUUGCAUCAAAAUGGACAUCCCACUUCCAACCCUUCAAAUUUAUCAGCGUCUUAUCUUGCAGAAAUCGUCUAGCGAUGGAGAUAUUGUGAUGGUUUCACCACUUCCCGAUAAGCUUUACAUCUUCAAUGUUGAGAAAGGAUGUCUUGUGAAGGAACUCAAUGGCAAGGUUUCAGCUUGGUCACGGGGUUUUUGUUGGGAAAGUUUCUUGAGCCUUUGAAUGUAUCAAAAGAGAGUCAAAUUAGGUUUGGUAGAUUCUUCUCAUGUUGAAGGUUUGAUGCAUUACAAGUCACGUACAUAAAGAAGGGAAUUUUGUUUGCUCAUUCGCUAGAAGUGAUGGAGGAGCUCAAAUGGAGAAAUGAGGAAAUGGGACAAUCAACCCUCAUGCAUUAUUAAACUUUGGUCUAGAGACGAAAAAAUCCUCUGAAUUGCCAUUUGAUUUAGAUUUUGAUCCCUUCUAAGUUCAGUUCUAUCUAUGAAGGAAUUAAUACUGCUUCUUAGAACUAUUUUUGUCACUUUUUUUUUUUUUUGGAGGAAGGUUUACCUCAAUAGAUUUUUAUGAGAGAUUAUGUAGUAUAUCUCUUGAAAAAAAAGAAGAAGAAAAUCAGA